AUGUCAUUAUUGGUUACCGAAAGGUUAGAAGUAGUUAACAUUUUACGAAAAAGUAUAAAUACUUCAUAUAAGGGUCUUCGUGGUUGGAACGUAUCAAAGGCUAUUUGUUCGAUGUCAAGAAAGCAAGAGUUAAUCAAAAACUAUGAGGAUGCGGUGAAGGAAUGUAAGAACAAUAAUGUCUUGCUACUAGCAGUGUCCAAAUUAAAACCAGCCAGUGAUAUCAAAAUACUGUAUGAUCAUGGCGUAAGGCAUUUUGGGGAAAACUAUGUCCAAGAAUUGAUUGAAAAAUCACAACUAUUGCCAAGGGACAUACAAUGGCAUUUUACCGGUGGGUUGCAAACUAAUAAAUGUAAGGAUUUGGCCAAAAUCCCAAAUAUUGCAAUGGUGGAAACAAUUGACUCAGUGAAAAAGGCAAAGAAAUUGAAUGAGGCACGUCGCACUUAUAAUGCAGAUGAACCUCCAAUCGCAUGUAAUAUUCAAAUUAACGCUUCUAAUGAAGAGCAAAAGUCAGGAUUAACAGACGCGGAAGAAAUUUUCGCUUUGGUCGAGUUUUUCCUCAAGCCUGAUACCAAGAAUAUAGUCCUAAAUGGCUUAAUGACGAUCGGUUCCUGGGACGUCUCUCACAGCGCUGGGACAGAAAAUCAAGAUUUUACUAAACUGGUUGAAUGGAAGGAACUCCUUGACGAAAAAUAUGGUCUUGAUUUGAAAUUAUCCAUGGGCAUGACAGCAGAUUAUAAACAGGCAAUUAAGCAAGGAUCAUCCGAAGUUAGACUCGGGACAACAAUUUUCGGCAACAGACCUUCCAGAGCAGAUGCGUUUGUGUAG